UCUCUUUCAGAGAUUGUUUUAUUCAAUUUUAAUCUAGGUUUUUCUUAAUUGUUGUUUUUACAAAUAAAUGUGAAUUUCACUUUUAGACCAAUUAUAUUCUCCACUCUUCAUUGCGAUUGUGUGACGGGAAAACUAACCGAUUGUAAGAAAGCAGUUAAAAGCUGUGACAUAAAAAAACAGUCUAGUGGAGCCAUACUUGAAGAACUAGCAACAUUAUAUGGCUGUAUAACCCCCCUUGCUCAACAGCGAGCCUUAUUUUUUAAGUGUUACCAGCAGGAAAGUGAAACUGUGGCCUCAUUCAUCCUACGGCUCCGGGAACUUUUUGCMACUUGGAGGGAGCAUGAACCCUAUGGCUCAGCCCAAGAUGAGACGACUGCCCGUGACCAACUUGUUCUGGGCUUGAGACCGGGGGUGCUGCAGCAAGAACUUCAGCGUCAGUUGCCACAGGUUUCUCAGACUCCCAGCAGGCUGCUUCCAUCAGAAGGCUGGGAACAGGCUGUAAGAGCUGAAGUGAAAAGGGAGUUACAAGAUCAGCUGGCUGUGUUGAAGGAGAGUUUGCUUAACGAGAUGAAGCAGCAGUGUUCCCCUUGCCAUAGUCYGCACUCUGUGGACACUGGUUUUACCAUGCAGCACCGAGGGAAAGUUCGACCAAGAGUAUAUACUCCUCCAGCCAGGACGCAAACCUUUCAGUGGGACCCACAAGGACAACCCAUUUGCAGAAAUUGUGGCAAAGUUGGACACAUACAACGUCGUUGUCCAUCUGCACAAGGUCAGUUAAACUAGUAACCCCAGCUGCUGAGAGCCGAGUGGUUGGGGGUAGAAAAUUGGAAGAUGGGAAAAAUKACAUGAUUGGGGAAUGUCUUGGGGUGGAAAUUGUUGUAGCAGGGGUGAGGGUGCCCGUUUUGCUUGAUACUGGCUCACAAGUGACUUUGUUCAGUGAAAGUUUUUUUCAGAAAUGGCUAGGCUGCGAGAUGAAGCAUGACUCAGACGAUUUGCAGUGGCUCACCCUGAAGGCAGCCAAUGGACUCCAAAUCCCCUAUACCGGCUACGCCAUUUUGGAUUUUUCUGUUGGGGACUUGAAGGUUCCAGGUAAAGGGGUAAUAAUUGUGAAGGAUGAGUGUUUGGGGGCCGAAAGGGGUA